AUGGAUGAAAGACAACAUCCAUUCCGGUCGCUCAACAGCCAGCUCGAAUCCUUCGUCAGAUUUAUUAACAGAACGCCUCACUGCAUUACCUUGUACUGGAUAGAUUAUGGAGGGAAGCCGGUUGAUUACGGCGAUCUGUCACCUGGAGAGUCCAAGGAAAUAAACACGUUUGUGACUCAUCCGUGGAUUUUCGUCAAUAGAGAAACGUGGGACAGGUACUUGGUGGACCAGCACGACGUUUUCUUUCCUGUGCCCUGGUUUGAGAAAUACCGCGGCAUGAGGGAGAGCGAGCUGCCGCGAAGGAUCGAGAGGACCAACGUGUAUAUUGUGCUACCGAUGUUCACUCUAAAGGAAUUGUCACUGAAGACCGUCAAAAAAUGUCUGUUGAACGAUUCGAAGGCUUUUGAUCUCGAUAUUCCAAAGAGUCUGCAGUAUGAGGUUUUUCACACUCUACCGAGAAAACGUACGAUCAUAACCUGUUAA